ACCUCAACCACACCCAAACCUCUCCCUCAAAACACUCAUCACACUCACACACAAUAACCAUAACCAUACCAUACCACAGCCAUGGCCACUCUAAGCUUCAACCCUGUUAGAAUAAAAUCCCCAACGUUCAAACAUUCCAAACUCACCACUCCAUCAAAACGCAUCACAAUUCCAUGCACCACUCCCUCCAACAGCCACCCCAAACUGCUCCACUUCCGACCCCGUUCGGUGUCCGAAAGCACCCAGAAAGAAGCACCCGAAGCGGUUCUCGGAGAAGAAGAAGAAGAAGAAGAAGAUGAUGAUGAUGACCCAUCUGCGGAACUGAGCUACGUGGACCCAGUAACUGACCCUGAGAGCAUCACGGAGUGGGAGCUGGACUUCUGCUCCAGGCCCAUUCUCGACGCCAGAGGGAAGAAGGUUUGGGAGUUAGUUGUGUGCGACAAGACGCUAUCGUUGCAGUACACCAAGUAUUUCCCGAACAACGUCAUUAACAGCAUUACGCUGAAGGAUGCUAUUGUUGCCGUUAGUGACCAGUUGGGUGUCCCGUUGCCCAGAAACAUUCGCUUCUUUAGGUCGCAGAUGCAGACAAUUAUUACAAAUGCGUGUAAUGAGCUUCGCAUAAGGCCUGUUCCUAGUAAACGGUGCGUGUCAAUAAUUCUAUGGCUAGAGGAGCGCUAUGAGACCGUAUAUAAAAAACAUCCUGGAUUUCAAGAAGGAUCCAAACCUCUUUUGGCACUUGAUAAUCCUUUUCCCACGGAACUUCCUGACAUUCUUUAUGGGGAAAGAUGGGCAUUUGUCCAAUUACCUUACUCAGCUGUUCGAGAGGAGAUAUCGACCUUUGAGAGAGGAGUUUGUGGUUCUGGGCUAGAUCUUGAUUUAUUGGGUCUUGACAUUGAUGACAAGACAUUGAUCCCAGGACUGUCUGUUGCGUCUUCUAAUUCUACAGCAUUGGCAGCUUUGAUAAAUGGAUUGGAGGUUUGCGCGGUGGAAGCGGAUACUGCUCGUGCUCGCCUGAUUCUUUCUAGUGGAAUUUCUACUCGGUAUAUAUAUUCCACCUAUAAGAAAACUCCUGAGACAACUAGUGAAGCUGAAGCUUGGGAAGCUGCUAAGAAAGCUUGUGGAGGUUUGCAUUUCCUUGCAGUUCAACCAGACUUGGAUUCUGAAGAUUGUGUUGGCUUCUUUCUUUUACUAGACUUGCCAUUUCCACCUGUAUGAUCGUACAAAUUAUCAUGGUUGAGUUGAAUCUUCACUGAACAAUAAUAUUAUAAUAGAGAAUAUUAGAUCACUGAGGUUUUUCUUUGACCCCAAAAUCAUAUUAUACCCAAAAGGGACCACCUCAUUUUUUGCAA